AUGACACACUUGAACUACGAGACGCGUAUGCCACUUGGCCAAGCUGUCAUUGAUCAAUUUCUGGGGCUCCGCCCACAUCCAACCAAAAUUCAAGCAACUUAUGUGUGGAUUGAUGGAACUGGUGAAAACCUCCGUUCCAAGACUCGUACAUUUGAUCGUCUUCCAAAGAAAAUAGAAGAUUAUCCCAUUUGGAAUUAUGAUGGAUCAUCAACUGGACAAGCGAAAGGACGUGAUUCUGAUCGUUAUUUGCGUCCAGUUGCUGCCUAUCCUGAUCCAUUUUUGGGCGGUGCCAAUAAGUUGGUGAUGUGUGACACUUUGGAUCAUGAGAUGCAGCCAACAGUCCGUGAAACUCGUCCAUGGUUUGGAAUGGAACAGGAAUAUUUGAUUGUUGAUAGGGAUGAACAUCCGCUCGGGUGGCCGAAACAUGGAUUCCCUGCUCCUCAAGGCAAAUAUUACUGUAGUGUUGGAGCAGAUCGUGCAUUUGGAAGAGAAGUUGUUGAGACUCAUUAUCGUGCUUGUCUUCAUACUGGACUCAAUAUAUUUGGAACAAAUGCUGAAGUGACUCCUGGACAAUGGGAAUUCCAAAUUGGAACAUGCGAAGGAAUCGAUAUGGGUGAUCAAUUAUGGAUUUCCAGAUACAUUUUACACAGAGUCGCCGAACAAUUCGGUGUUUGUGUUUCUCUUGAUCCAAAACCAAAAGUUACAAUGGGUGAUUGGAAUGGUGCUGGAUGUCAUACAAACUUCUCAACUGCUGAAAUGCGUGCUCCUGGUGGAAUAAAAGCAAUCGAAGCAGCAAUGGAAGGACUGAAAAGAACACAUCUUGAAGCAAUGAAAGUGUACGAUCCACAUGGCGGAGAAGACAACUUGCGUCGUUUGACAGGACGUCACGAGACCAGUUCAGCUGAUCAAUUCUCAUGGGGAGUUGCUAAUCGUGGAUGCUCGAUUCGUAUUCCGAGACAAGUGGCUGCGGAGAAAAAAGGAUAUUUGGAGGAUCGUCGUCCGUCGUCUAACUGUGAUCCAUAUCAAGUUACGGCGAUGAUUGCUCAAAGUAUUCUUCUUCUCUGA